AUGGGCAACAAGUCCUCCUCUAGGAAAGAUGCAGAACAAUAUGGGGAGACACGUGCCAGGAGUCGAUCAUUCAAUGGCAUCACUUCAAGAUUUCGGCACAACAAAUCUCCUCCCAUCGAACGCAGCUCAUCUUUCUCUGAGUCCAGACCAAAACGGGGCAGCUUCAGGUCCAAUAGUCAAACCAAGUCAGGUCAGAACGCUCAAAGGAAGUCGUCAAGUACACAGGACACAGGUCAGCCAGUCAAUAUAAGAAGAGGCAAUAUGAAAAUAUCUGAAUCAGAUACAAAGAUUUUGUCUUCAUCAGCACCAUCUCGUGGACGUCACUUCCCUGCUAGUCAUAGUACUGGUUCAAUCACAUAUAUAGAGAGUAAGGAUCGGGACACCUUGGGACGUGACACACUACGCAGGUCAUUCACACAUAAAGAUAGCACAGGAUCACCACGUCUUUCUGCACAUAACAUGCGUAAUGUGUCACAUGCUCUGUAUGAGGGAAAACUGGAAGAUAUCUCCAAACGACGUGCUCUUGCCAUUAUGAAUCGUGAUCUCUCACUGUCCCAGGCAAGCCUUUCCAAAAUGUCCAUUAGGUCACAGUCAAUGAAUAGUCUAGCUGCAGACAAUAAUAUUGACUUUGAUCGCAAUGGACCCAAGGAAAAAGACAAAAACAGUGUGGAAUAUUCUCAAAUCUCUGUACGACAACGGAUUGCCCCUCCACCUAUGGAUCUCAGUAAUGAAUACUUUCGUCCACGUACAAGCUCUGCACCUGCUGUUGACAUCGUGAAACCAAAAUUCAACACUCCAAGAUCUAUGGCCAUGGGAACUAGUGUCCAAUUGAGGAGAACUUCACACCAGAUUCAUUCAGAAAAGAGAAGAGAGCGAGAUUUGAAGCGAAGGUCACUUGAAGUAGAUGAUCGAAAGCGUAGAUCUAUGGAAAUAGAUUUAAAUCCAAGGAGAUAUGAGAUUCCUGAUGAUAGAAAAAGGUCACCAGAAGAGGUAGUACAUGCCAGGAGGAUGUUGGUUUUCCGUGCCCUCAAGGAUGAAAGUGAGAUUAUGUAUUCCAAUCCUACAGAUCAUCUUGAUGUGAUCCGAGAGCUGAAUAUGGAUGGAAAGAACCGAAACGUGUGUCCGGUAUGCCACAUGCCAUAUGACAAAGGCAAGAAACGAAAGUUGCAGGAGGCAUGUGGACAUGAGCUCUGCUUCACUUGUCUGGUCACCUAUGAAAGCUGUCCUAUGUGUGAUAACAGAUGUCCCGUUCCCCAUGGAAAUGGGUCAAAUCGUUCAACUGUGAAAACCAAUGGACAUUUCACCCCCAUCAAGAAACAACAUCAGAGUGAUCAUAUCCAAAAUCCAGGAAAUUUACAAAUAGAUGGACAGGUGAUUCUGGGUCUAAGUGAGCGUCAGAAAAAUCGACAGGUGAUUCUGGGUCUAAGUGAGCAUCAGAAAGAUGGACAGGUGAUUCUGGGUCUAAGUGAGCAUCAGAAAAAUCGACAGGUGAUUCUGGGUCUAAGUGAGCAUCAGAAAGAUGGACAGGUGAUUCUGGGUCUAAGUGAGCAUCAGAAAGAUGGACAGGUGAUUCUGGGUCUAAGUGAGCAUCAGAAAGAUGGACAGGUGAUUCUGGGUCUAACUGAGCAUCAGAAAGAUGGACAGGUGAUUCUGGGUCUAAGUGAGCGUCAGAAAAAUCAACAGGUGAUUCCGUGUCUAAGUGAGCAUCAGAAAGAUGGACAGGUGAUUCUGGGUCUAAGUGAGCAUCAGAAAGAUGGACAGGUGAUUCUGGGUCUAAGUGAGCAUCAGAAAAAUCGACAGGUGAUUCUGGGUCUAAGUGAGCAUCAGAAAGAUGGACAGGUGAUUCUGGGUCUAAGUGAGCAUCAGAAAGAUGGACAGGUGAUUCUGGGUCUAAGUGAGCAUCAGAAAGAUGGACAGGUGAUUCUGGGUCUAAGUGAGCAUCAGAAAGAUGCGGAAUCCCAAGAAGGAUCUCAUCUCAGUCCUCCAGUACCUGCUAAACCCCGAUAUUUUCGGCCUUUAACAUCUCCAACCACAUCAUCCAUAGGACCAACACCACCACUUCAUCCACCCAUGGAGGAAUACAGGGCAGAACCCAGCUCCCAUAGAUAUAGUAGCAGUCCUGUUAUUAGUUCCCCAAGCCUCGGAGCUGCCGUGACAACCAAUGAUAGCCUUGAUGAGUUGUCAAGGCUGGACAGUGAGGGCCAUUCAUUGGAGUUGGGCAAUAGCUUUAGUCCAGAUACGUCAAAUCCUCCACCUCCACCACCAGAUGUUGCUCAGAACGAUCUCAUCACACGUUUGGGACUGCUGCUAGGUGAUCGUUCGGAUACACUGUCCCCAAACUCCCAGGUUGUGAACCAAAGUGAGGAGACUUUCACGAGCGUGUCGUCUCUAGCAAGUGGUGAAAAUACUCCAGAACAUGGAAUCUCUGACACCAGUCCUUUGUCAACACUCACAGCAUCCUCCAGCAGUGAGCGGGGACUUUCUGGUAUACACAUGGGGUAUGGAGCACUGUUGUCUGGUCGAAAACAGAGUUCUGAUUGUAUCACCUCACGGACUAGCCCACACAGUACAACGCAGCGACCUCACUCCAUUACAACAUCAACACCUGGUCAGAUAGAAGAUCUUGGACUGUUCAACAGAGGUCCUUCUUCAUUUCGCCGAUCAGCUCGUGCCACAAUUGGUCACUCAGACAGUAAAGUUAACAUCACACCAAUCAAACCUCCCCAGGUUCAUCUCACCCCAAUUAACCUGGAAGUUCCUCAGAUAGAGGGUAAAACAAACUUUGUUGGCAGGGAGUGGCUCUUCAAUAAGCUGGAAAUGGUUCUGCAACAUGAGCCGAUGAAUCAGACAAGAGGAGUGGUGAUAACAGGCGGUAUAGGUGCUGGCAAGACUGCAAUAAUUCAACAGCUUGUUCAUUCCAGCUGUUUCCAUGAUGGGUCAUCCUGCAGUCUUGUAGAAGGUUUUAGCCAUCGUAUGAGAAGAGACAAGUCAUUCAACAAAGGAGCUAGCCCAACCUCAACUCUCAACCAAAUGUCACAGCAGUCGGUCUCUGACUACAACGCCCUUCGUAACCUUGGUACCAGGGUUGUAGCUUUCCACUUCUGUCAAGCAGACAACAAUGCUACCUGUCUUGUGCCUGAGUUUAUACACAGCCUAGCGGCACGCAUGUCACACGCUCCUCAGCUGUCUGCAUAUCGGGAAAUGUUACUUCAGGAUCCGCAGCUGCAGCAUGUGCUCAGCUUGAAGGAAUGUGUACUAAAUCCUACUACAGCUCUUACCAAGGGCAUCAUUGAACCUCUCAACUCUCUUAAGGAUGCAGGAAGGAUAGCAUCAGAAUGUUGUCUUAUUCUCAUAGACGCUUUGAAUGAAGCAGAGUUCCAUAAACCAGAUUAUGGAGACACAAUUGCAUCAUUCCUUGUCCGUCAUGCAGAGGAAUUCCCAGUGUGGUUGAAGCUUGUAAUCACAGUUCAAAGUGUGCUGCAGGACAUUACACAGUCACUACCAUAUGACCAUGUAUGUAUUGACCGUGGUCCUUAUGAGGAGGUCAUAGCUAUGGACAUACAGGAUUACAUCAAUUAUAGGAUAGAAACAUGUUCUAAUAUCAAAAACAAUAUCGCUCCCAGUGGAAAACUCGAUUCAUCAACUCAAGUGAAAUUCUGCAGUCAUUUACAGAUGUUGAGUAAAGGUUCAUUUCUGUACACCAAAUUAACUCUUGACUUGAUAGAAAAUGGCAGUGUGGUGUUAAAGAGCACUAACUACAAGAUUUUACCCAUGAAUAUAUCAGAAGUAUUUUUAUUAAAUUUCAAUCUGAAAUUCCCAAGUGUGCGUUCAUUUGAGAAAGUGUCGCCCAUUUUAGGGGUAUGCUUAGCCACACUGUAUCCUCUUAAUGCCAUGGAAAUUUUUGAGACAGUGAACUCUGGGUACACAGAUCAUUUCCUGUCAUGGCAGGAUUUUGAGAACCGACUGAAAGUGUUAUCAGGAUUUAUGUAUCAGAGGAGGGAUAGCUCCUAUAUGUUUUUUCAUCCAGCAUUUAGAGAGUGGUUGAUUCGGAGAGAUGAUGCUGAUAACCCAAAAUUUCUCUGUGAUCUUCGACAAGGGCAUGCUCUCAUGGCUUUUAAGCUAUCACGAUUGAGUGCUCCCCUGAAUGAAGACAAGACGAUUGAGUUAGGACACCAUAUCCUAAAGGCCCACAUCUACAAGAACAUUAGUAAACAACGUGGUUACUCUUCGCGUGAUAUGCAGGCCUAUUGGAUGUCGCUUAGCUCUGAUAAUCUGAACUCUGCACUUGUGUCGUACAGAAAUCUUUACUCACCAAAUGUCAAGGUAAGUCGGUUGAUAUUGUUGUCUGGUGCCAACCCAAACUCCCGUACUCAGUAUCAGUGUUCAGCACCAGUGUUGUGUGUGGCUGCACGGGAGGGAUUUCCGGACAUGGUUGGUCUUCUGUUGGAGUUCCAUGCCAGUGUUGAUGCUGUGUCAGAGACAGGAAUGUCAGCAUUAUGUUAUGCUGCAGCUGCAGGCCACAUAGAUAUUAUGAGGAUGCUUUGUCUUCGUAAUGCAAGGCUGUCCCAUGUAGACAACAAUGGCCAGUGUCCAGCAGUCCACGCAGCCAUGCAUGGUCAUUUGGAGGCCCUAGAGUAUUUGCUGCAAUGUGAUUGGUCUUCAUAUGAUGGUCAACUUACUAAAAUAGAGGCCAUGCAGCAGGCACUGGUGGCAGCCUCAGCUCUUGGUCACAGAACUAUUUGUGACUACCUUCUCCACCCCAGUAUGCAUAACUAUGAAGGGUUUGGAAUAAACAGUGUUGACACACUGUUGGGAGAAACACCACUGACAGCGGCAUGUGGUCACGGUCAGCUGGACCUGGCGCAGAAUUUUCUCGAGCGAGGAGCUGCCCCUCUUCUGCCUAACAACAAGUCCUUCUCACCGUUACUCUGCAGUGUAGAUGCAGGACACUGGGACAUCGUGGAAAUUCUGAUCAGUGCUGGGGCAACCCUCGACCACACGGACAAGUAUGGCCGUACACCAUUGAUGAUUGCUGCCUACAAAGGACAUAUAGGGGUGCUAGAAAUGUUGCUAAACAAAGGUUGCUCUAUACACCAGGUUGACAAGGAAGGUCUCACAUCACUUUGCUGGAGUUGUCUUAAAGGCCACCUUCACAUCAUAUCCAUGUUACUAGAUCGAGGUUCAAACCUUCAUCAUACAGACAGGUGUGGUCGUACACCACUACAGCUGGCCUCCUUUCACGGUGAUGCUCAGGUUGUACAAGCUCUCAUUGACCGUGGAGCUCAAAUAGAGCAUGCAGACCUUAACGGUAUGCGAGCUCUUGACCGUGCCAUUGACCGCAGAAACACUUCUGUUGUUGUCUGCUUCCUGAAGAAAGGAGCCAAACUAGGUCAGACCACUUGGGCAGUGGCAUCAGGCAAGUCAGAUAUGAUGCUACUAUUACUCAACAAACUCAUGGAGGAUGGGAAUGUGUUGUACAAGAAAAGUCGCAUUAGGGAUGCUGCCCAACGCUACCAGUAUGCAAUCAAAAAGUUUCCACGAGAUGAUAUUAGAGAAGAUACACACACAUUUAAAGAACUCAAACUCAACCUGCUCCUCAACCUUUCUCGAUGUAAACGGAAACUGAAUGAAUGUGACGCUGCUGUAGACCUGGCUACUAAGGCACUGGAAUUAAAGCCCAAGUGUUUUGAGGCCUACUAUGCACGUGCAAGGGCCAAACGUGACAAUAGGCAAUGUGCCUCAGCCCUAGAGGAUCUGAAGGAAGCAACACGACUAGCUCCCAAUAACAGAGAGCUUCAGAGACUGCUUAUGAGGGUGAGAGAUGAGUGUCGGGAACAGGCAAAAUACGAAGGUACAGGACACAGUAGUAGUGAGCAGAUGGACAUGUGUGUGGCUGGGCGGAGGCAUGAAGAAACAGCACUUUAAGUGUCAUCAUAUGGAACCUAUUGGUGCUUAAUACAGAGAUGUGAUCUAGUGCUAAAACAAUUAUAUGUAUUUGUUCAUGGGAGUAAAAUUCCAAGAAAUUUCAUUUACAUGUCAACGUUUUAUUGGCAUGUCAGUAUACAGGAUAUGAUGUGUCAGUACAUGGAUUGAGUCGAGUCUGGAAAUGAGGUGUAUAUGUUGUAUUUAACAACACACUUAUUUCAUUUUUAACAUUUGCUAUGAAAAUUGAUCUCUGGAUUUUGGCUAAAGAUAUGGUUGUUGUCAUGAUAAAGGAUGUAUUGUUGAUAAGUCAAUCAACAUAGCUACACUGUGGUUGUGUGUUGGUGUACAAGUGUAACUGUAUAUUGAAAAAUACUUUGGCAACAAAAUAAGUUUCGAGUCUGCCUAGUCUUUGUACUGAUGGAAAUUCAUGAUUCAGUCUGUCUAUCCUUUAUAAGUGUUCAAAUCAGAUUCACUAAUUAUCUCUCUAGUGUUCAGAUAAUGAUAGCAAAGUUUUCUUGUACAUUCAGGCUAGUCUCUAGAAAUAUAGUCUGAAUCUUCAUUUUCUUCCACAUUCAGUCUGGUCUCCAGUACAGAAGUCUGAAUCUUCAUUUUUUUUUCAUUCAGUCUGGUCUCCAGUACAGAAGUCUGAAUCUUCAUUUUUUUUUCAUUCAGUCUGGUCACCAGUACAGAAGUCUGAAUCUUCAUUUUUCUUUUUCACAUUCAGUCUGGUCUCCAGUACAAAAGUCUGAAUCUUCAUUUUUUUUUCAUUCAGUCUGGUCUCCAGUACAAAAGUCUGAAUCUUCAUUUUUUUUUCAUUCAGUCUGGUCUCCAGUACAAAAGUCUGAAUCUUCGUUUUCUUUUUCAUUCAGUCUGGUCUCCAGUACAGAAGUCUGAAUCUUCAUUUUUUUUUUUUUUUUACAUUCAGUCUGGUCUCCAGUACAAAAGUCUGAAUCUUCAUUUUUUUUUUUUUUCAUUCAGUCUGGUCUCCAGUACAAAAGUCUGAAUCUUCAUUUUCUUUCACAUUCAGUCUGGUCUCAAGUGCAAAAGUCUGAAUCUUCAUUUUCUUUCACAUUCAGUCUGGUCUCAAGUGCAAAAGUCUGAAUCUUCAUUUUCUUUCACAUUCAGUCUGGUCUCCAGUACAAAAGUCUGAAUCUUCAUUUUCUUUCACAUUCAGUCUGGUCUCCAGUACAAAAGUCUGAAUCUUCAUUUUCUUUCACAUUCAGUCUGGUCUCCAGUACAAAAGUCUGAAUCUUCAUUUUCUUUCACAUUCAGUCUGGUCACCAGUACAAAAGUCUGAAUCUUCAUUUUCUUUCACAUUCAGUCUGGUCUCAAGUGCAAAAGUCUGAAUCUUCAUUUUCUUUCACAUUCAGUCUGGUCUCCAGUACAAAAGUCUGAAUCUUCAUUUUCUUUCACAUUCAGUCUGGUCUCCAGUACAAAAGUCUGAAUCUUCAUUUUCUUUCACAUUCAGUCUGGUCUCCAGUACAAAAGUCUGAAUCUUCAUUUUCUUUCACAUUCAGUCUGGUCACCAGUACAAAAGUCUGAAUCUUCAUUUUCUUUUACAUUCAGUCUGGUCUCCAGUACAAAAGUCUGAAUCUUCAUUUUCUUUUACAUUCAGUCUGGUCUCAAGUGCAAAAGUCUGAAUCUUCAUUUUCUUUCACAUUCAGUCUGGUCUCCAGUACAGAAGUCUGAAACGUUGUUGUUAUUGAAUGGAAUAGAUGUCAUGCCUUGACCAGUAUGGGAAAUAAAUGUAAACCUUACUCAUCCUUUUCUUUAUAAAGCAGACAAGAAAUGAGGGGCUAGAAUUAUGUAGUCUUAUUGGUGUCCAUGUAGGAGAUUCCUACUUCAGUGUCCAUGUGGGAGUGUCCUGAUUUAGUGUAUCCUACUUCUGUGUCCCUGUGGGAGUGUCCUAUUUAAAUAUCCAUAUAGGAGUGUCCUAAUCUUGAUGUCUGUGUAGGAGCGUCCUACUUAAAUGUUGGUAUAGCAUUGUCCUACUUUAGUGUCCUGGUAGGUAUGUCCUAUUUAAGUUUUCCAAUCAAUGCUUCACCACAGCAUUUCUUAUUAGGUCAUCUGACGUGGUCAGUAUGUCAUGUAGCUGUUGUGUUGUGUGGCAUAAACCAUCCUCAUGUUCCAUCAGUGGAAUUGAGCUGAAACUUUUCUGAAAUUAUCUUGAGAUGAUCCUUACCAAGUGUUAUAUCUCAUGUCAGUCCCAAAUCCAAUACAUGUGCAAUUGUGAAAAACAUUUUAAAGUUCUGAAGUUCGACUUGUGCUAUUGAGCUGAAAACUAGCGGCAAUGUUAAGAAAGGGAAACUCACAAAGUGUUGCUAUUUUUCAGUCUCAUUAAAAGUUCAAUAUGGCAGCCACGACAUGCAUUUUGUUGCAUGAUUGUGCAACACUGAACAACACUUAUUUCAAAAAUUUUCUAAGGUACCACCAGUGCAAUUGAGCUGACUUGCCUGAAAUAAUCCUUGGAUGAUCGUGAUGAAGUGUUGUUAUUUUUUGGGUUGAUCCGUAAUCCAAUAAGGUCGCCAUCAUGAAAUGCACAAAACCACAUGUAAUGAUUAUUGCAAGGCCAAUAAAUCUAUGGAGUGUUAAUAGUUAGGAAUAUGUACAAUAUGUUCGAUCAGUUCAAACUAUAGGAAAGGGCUUAAAACUAUCUCAGGAUAGAAAAUUCUUGUUUUUAUUGAAAGGAUCACAUGUAUGGAACUACCCGCCUAUCUAAACUGACUAAUGGUUUACUCUUUAUAGUCAGAUUACCAUUCAGACCUCUUGUAUUCAAAUGCUUUUUGUCUAUGGUCUCUCUUACUUUUGGUCUCUCUGUCCAUAAACAACUCGUUGAAUGCCAACUGAGGGCUUUUUAGCAUUAUGACAGUUAUAAUUUAUCACUAUUUCUGGAGAGAGGUAGCUUAAAUUAUUCUCAGAGUUCCUAUGUAGGUACCCCUUGGUUGUGCACUCUUCAUUUUACAACUAAAACAUAAAAUAGCCAACGCAUAUCCAUCUUCAAUUUUGUUUGUUUUUGAUAUUUCUGGAGAAAUACAUAAUGGAUCAUUAUCAAAUUUCAACUGUAAGUUCCCUGUGGUUCCUAGUUGUGAGGGGAAGACUGGUUUAUAUUAGACUGGAAUGACCCUGGAUAUGCGGUUGUCUGCAUGUCUGUCAUCCACAGCUCUUGUGCAGAAAACUCCUAAACUUGAGAAUCAGUUUCAAUGAAACUACACAAGAAUGUUACAGAUCAUAUAUAGAUGUGCAAGCCCAGGUAUUUUUUAAAUUGAAAUUGUGGUUGCCAUGGUAAUAAGGUUACUAUGUACAGGAUUUUAUCUCACCUGUGGGUCUGAAGAGUCAGUGAUUAUGCUAUGGUGCAGCAUCCUUUGUUUGGUAUCUUUCUACUUUUUUUAUACAUAUUUUUACAAUUCAUGAACAACACAAAACAAUGUCAUUAUGCCAGUGGCCUCCUUAAUAAGGCGGUCACUUUAAGAAUCUAAGGUCAUUUUCCAGGUCGUAGCUAGCAAAUAUGAUAGAUGUUUUAAUAAUCUUUGCUUAAGAUAUAGUGAACAAACCCAGGACCAUGAUAUAUUGUGAGCAAACAGAUCGACUUGUGGUGCUGAACUUUACCUUUAAUAUUCAAUCAGGACAGUGACGUGUAUUCUAUUACACAACUGUUACUUGUUAAAUGUAUCGAGUAUAUAGAAUUUCUCUACCUAGAUUCUCUGUAUAGAUAUUGAUGGACCAAGAAUCAAUAUGAUAAAGAAAGGCAGACAUACUGAUUGGGUGAAAACAGGGUGGAAUGCAAAAUUACCAUGUGUGUUCAAAUCUUAUUACCUUGACCAACAUUCAAAGUCACUGGUCAGAUUGUUGAGUGACAUGCUGGUAUACACAUCAACAUGACAUACACAUCAAUUUCUCAGUACUACAGAAACCAAAUUUUGUUGACAUUUGUGAUGAGAAACAUGUAAUUUUUUGUAGAUAUAUAGACUUAGCAAGAACAUAAAACAAUGGUCUUAAAAUUUUGUACCCGUCUUCCAGAUAUUGUAAUGGCCAAAACUCUGGUUAUGAUAGGAUUUUCUAAUUUAAAUACAACAAACAGUUUCCGUAAUAUAUAUAUUGAAAAACUGUUUGUUGUUUACUUGAGGGACUUAAUUUCAGACUGCAGGUUGCCAGUAUGUGAUAGUAUAAAGUUUAUGAUCGAAAUGGUCAUAUGUAUUUAAACUGUGAAAAAUAACCUCAGAGAUUAACAAGGUAUAUAGAACAGAACAAAUGCCAAAUUGUAGUGUAAUGAUAUUAAGCCAAUCCAGCUAGCUCUGAGGUAGAGUUUGCAGAAGCUACAUGAAUAACAGGUGGGUGACAUCAAAGUUAAUCCGGCUUCUUAUUGCUUACUAUGUUGUGUAUUAUAAAACCUUGUAUAUUUUAAUGCAAAUAUCCCAAUACAUUAAGUUGAAGCAAAGUAAUUGUGAUAUCAUUGCUUCAAUAUUAUUCAACUAUUUUGUGUCCACAGAGACAACAGAACAAUAAAGAUUAUAUGCUACAUACAUGA